ACGAUUGUUGUAAACAAAACAUUUGAUUUGUUAUAAAUGACAUAUUUCUGUGCUAGUUUAGUAAUUAUUGGUGUUUGUAAAAUCUAAUAUAUGAUAAUAACGCACUAAAUGGGAGACAAAAGUUAUUAUUGCGAUUACUGUUGCUGUUUUCUGAAGAAUGAUGUAAAUGUGCGCAAAACGCACAACUCCGGUUUAGUUCAUAACAUGGCAAAAUUGCGUUAUAUGAGACGAUUCGAAGAUCCUAGAAAAGUGCUGGAACAGGAAGCUAUUAAGGAGCCUUGUAUGCGUUACUUAAACGGCAAAUAUUGUAAAUUUGAUUUAAUGUGCAAGUUUACACAUUUCAAUGAAGCACAGUUAGAACACUUGCGUAAAAUGGUGAAACGCUUGGAGAAAGCUCAAACGUCUAAAGUUAUUGACAAACGGAAGAAGCACAACAAAAUUAUACUACCAUGGUAUAAAAGUGGUGAAAAAAAUAAUAAAAUCAUAAACCACAAACGCCUACCAGAAUCACUGCAACCCAUAAACUUUGAUCGAAUUAAUGAUGAAUUUCUGAAACUCGAAUGGGGUUAAAAAAAUAUGAAAAUAAAAGUACAUAUUCAAGUUUUUGGUAAAUUAGAUUUCUCAAUUUUUGUAACGUAAAUUAAUAUACAAUUUUCUAUAUCUGAUAUAUUUUUUCGUAAAUAAAUUGGAUUUUUCAAUUUUUAAACAGUAAACUAAUAUACAA